GAAUAAAACCAUAUUAAACGUGCUAGUUAACACUUAAAUUUCUAUAAUGAUAAUUCAUUAGAACACGUGUAAAUAUGCUGGCAAAAUAAAAGACGGGUUUAUGAUAACUUUUAAGUCAAAUGAUAUUAAAUUUUCCAAUAAAGGCUAUUAGACCAUUUCAAUGUAAUAAGUUAAACCAAAACCGUUAUAAAACAAGACAAAAUUAGGUAGGCCAAACAUCAACAACCGGCCAAAACAACCAAACCCUAUUUUAUUUUCGUUCUGUUUCUUUUGGCUUUUUGGUCGUUUUCACGUUUGGCCAACCAACCAAACAAGGAGACUCUCAAAGGGAAAAAAACAAACAAACCAACCAAAACCCCAAAUACAAAACCCAAACCAAUCAAAAGUUCUUUCUUUGGACACGGAUGGCUCAAGCCUUGGCUCAACCACCACCGGUGGUCACCACCGUCGUCCCAGACCCGCCACCGCCACCACCACCGCACCCAAAGCCGUAUGCUUUACGAUACAUGGCGGAUCUUCUUGGCCGGAUCGGUAUAAUGGAUACAGACAAAGAUGGUAACAUCAGCCCCCAAAGUCCGAGGAGUCCUAGGAGCCCAAGAAACAACAUUCUCAUGGGGAAGUACGAGCUAGGGAAGCUUCUCGGCCACGGAACCUUUGCAAAGGUUUAUUUAGCUCAAAACAUCAAAUCCGGCGAUAAAGUUGCCAUUAAAGUCAUAGACAAGGAGAAGAUCAUGAAGAGUGGAUUGGUUGCUCACAUCAAAAGGGAAAUCUCCAUCCUCCGCCGUGUCCGUCACCCUUACAUCGUUCAUCUUUUCGAGGUUAUGGCGACGAAGACGAAGAUUUACUUUGUGAUGGAGUACGUUCGAGGCGGUGAGUUGUUCAACACGGUUGCUAAAGGUAGAUUGCCGGAGGAAACCGCCCGGAGAUAUUUCCAGCAGCUGAUUUCCUCUGUUUCGUUCUGCCACGGACGCGGUGUUUACCACCGUGAUCUCAAACCGGAGAAUCUACUUCUAGACGACAAAGGGAACCUUAAAGUCUCUGACUUUGGUCUCAGCGCGGUGGCAGAGCAGCUUCGGCAGGACGGACUCUGCCACACGUUUUGCGGGACUCCAGCCUAUAUUGCACCCGAGGUUUUGACUCGAAAAGGAUACGACGCAGCGAAAGCCGAUGUUUGGUCUUGUGGAGUGAUCUUAUUCGUGUUGAUGGCUGGUCACAUUCCGUUUUACGACAAGAACAUAAUGGUUAUGUACAAGAAGAUUUACAAAGGGGAAUUUAGGUGUCCUCGUUGGUUUUCAUCGGAUCUUGUUCGGUUAUUGACUCGGCUUCUUGAUACGAAUCCGGAUACUCGGAUUACAAUACCCGAGAUCAUGAAGAACAGAUGGUUCAAGAAAGGAUUCAAACAUGUUAAAUUCUACAUCGAAGACGAUAAGUUGUGUAGGGAAGAUGAAGAUGAGGAGGAAGAGGCCUCAUCAUCCGGCCGGUCUUCGACAGUUUCAGAGAGCGAUGCAGAGUUCGAUGUAAAACGGAUGGGGAUAGGGUCAAUGCCAAGACCCGCAAGCCUAAACGCGUUUGACAUUAUAUCUUUCUCUUCCGGGUUUGAUCUGUCUGGUUUGUUUGAUGAAGAAGGAGGAGAAGGGACAAGGUUUGUGUCAGGUUCUCCUGUUUCAAAGAUCAUAUCGAAGCUGGAAGAGAUUGCGAAAGUUGUGAGCUUUACAGUGAGGAAGAAAGAAUGGAGUUUGAGAUUAGAAGGUUGUAGAGAAGGAGCAAAAGGACCAUUGACAAUUGCGGCUGAGAUCUUUGAGCUGACUCCAUCUCUAGUAGUGGUGGAGGUGAAGAAGAAAGGAGGAGACAGAGAAGAGUAUGAAGAGUUUUGCAACAAGGAACUCAGACCGGAGCUGGAGAAACUAAUCCACGAAGAAGUUGUAGUAGAAGAAGCAUUGUAUUUGCCAUCUGAUACUGAAUAGUAUAAAACAAGGAAGGCUGAGAACAAGAAUAUACAAGCAACAAGACUGUAUUACAUUCUUUUGUUACGAUUGAUUAUUUAUUCGUUAUUCUUGUUCUAUGUCUAUGUUGAUGUUGGUCUAAAACUGGGAGAUUGCAGAGAUCUUCAAGAUUGGCGUCGAUUUUGUGAUCUCCGUAAUCUCCUAGUGUGUGUGUGUAUAUAUAUAUAAGUGUUGUUGUAAUGUGAGUGAUAGGAAGAUGAGUGAGGUAUCAGGCAAUUAGUCAAUUUUUGCUGGUCAUAGAGCCAGUUUUUUUGGUGGAUUGCUUAAAUCAUAUGUAUAUAUAUGUAAAACAAGAUACGAGCUUAAUGGAAAUUCUUACUCUGCCUUCCCUUA